GGCGGCUGUGGCGUGCGGGAUCCAGAGGACGCUGCCAUGCCGGGCGGGGCUGAGGCGGGGGAGGCCGAGGAGGAGGCUGGGGCCGGCUCGGGGUCCGAGGCGGAGGAGGACGCGCUGUGGGAGCGGAUCGAGAGCGUCCGGCACCGGCUGACGCGCGCCCUCAACCCGGCCAAGCUCACGCCGUAUCUGCGCCAAUGCCGGGUCAUCGACGAGCAGGACGAGGAAGAGGUGCUGAGCACCUACCGCUUCCCGUGCCGUGCCAACCGCACCGGGCGACUGAUGGAUAUCUUGCGCUGCCGUGGCAAGAGGGGCUAUGAGGCCUUCCUGGAAGCCCUGGAGUUCUACUACCCUGAGCACUUCACGCUCCUCACGGGCCAAGAACCUGCCCAGCGCUGCUCCAUGAUCCUUGAUGAGGAGGGGCCCGAGGGCCUGACCCAGUUCCUGAUGACAGAGGUGCGGCGGCUGCGGGAAGCCCGUAAGAGCCAGCUGCAGCGGGAGCAGCAGCUGCAGGCCCGGGGCCGGAUGCUAGAGGAGGAGCGGGCAGGGCUGGAGCAGCGGCUGCGGGAGCAGCAACAGACACAAGAGCGCUGCCAGCGGCUGCGGGAGGACUGGGAGGCGGGGAGCCUGGAGCUGUUGCGGCUUAAGGACGAGAACUACAUGAUUGCCAUGCGCCUGGCACAGCUCAGUGAGGAGAAGAACUCGGCCGUGCUGCGCAGCCGGGACUUGCAGCUGGCGGUGGAUCAGCUCAAGCUCAAAGUGAGCCGGCUGGAGGAAGAGUGCACGCUGCUGCGAAGGGCCAGAGGGCCACUCCCUGGGGCCGAGGAGAAGGAGAAGGAGCCCGACAGCGCGGACCUGGUCUCCGAGCUGCGCGCCGAGAACCAGCGGCUCGUGGCGUCGCUGCAGGAGCUACAGGAGGGCCUGCAGCAGGAGGCGAGCCGGCCUGGAGCCCCAGGCUCCGAGCGGAUCCUGCUGGACAUCCUGGAGCAUGACUGGCGGGAGGCGCAGGACAGCAGGCAGGAGCUGUGCCAGAAGCUGCAUGCUGUGCAGGGGGAGCUGCAGUGGGCCGAGGAGCUGCGGGACAAGUACCUGCAGGAGAUGGAGGACCUGCGGCUGAAGCACCGGACGCUGCAGAAAGACUGUGACCUGUACAAGCACCGCAUGGCCACCGUCCUGGCCCAGUUGGAGGAGAUCGAGAAGGAGCGGGACCAGGCCAUCCAGAGCCGAGACCGGAUCCAGCUGCAGUACUCACAGAGCCUCAUCGAGAAGGACCAGUACCGGAAGCAGGUGCGGGGCCUGGAGGCUGAGCGGGAUGAGCUGCUGACCACGCUCACCAGCCUGGAGGGGGCCAAGGCCUUGCUGGAGGUGCAGCUGCAGCGGGUCCAGGGCGGCCCCUACCUCAAGGCCUGUGCAUCUUCCCAUUCCCUGUGCUCCAACCUCAGCAGUACCUGGAGCCUGAGCGAGUUCCCCUCCCCACUCGGAGGCCCGGAAGCAGCAGGGGAGGCGGCUGUCAUGGGGGGUUCUGAGCCCCACACCUCGGAAGAGGCCACCGACAGCGAGAAGGAGAUCAACCGCCUCUCCAUCCUGCCCUUCCCCCCCAGCGCUGGUUCCAUCCUCCGCCGGCAGCGUGAGGAGGACCCUGCACCCCCUAAGAGGUCCUUCAGCAGCAUGUCGGACAUCACAGGGAGCGUGACCCUUAAGCCCUGGUCUCCCGGCCUCUCAUCAUCCUCAUCCUCUGACAGCGUGUGGCCUCUGGGAAAGCCGGACGGCCUUCUGGCCAGAGGCUGUGGCCUGGAUCUCCUCAACAGGUCUCUGGCCAUCCGAGUGUCAGGCUGGAGUCCCCCAGGGGGGCCCGAGUCCCAGGACAAGGGCUCAGAUGGCUUGUCGUUCCCUGGGGAUAACUGGCCUGGGGCCGUGGUGCGGAGGGUGCUCUCUGGGCCAGGGUCUGCGAAGGUGGAGCCAAGAGAGCCAAGGGCAGAGGCUGCUGGCUUGGAGGGGGCAGGCCUGGAAGGGGAGGCCCAGCAGAGAACCUUGCCCUGGAACCAGGCAUCCACACUCCCCUUCCUGAUGGACUUCAAGGCCUGCCAGUCCUUCCAUGAGGCCCUAGAUGCCUGGGUGAAGAGGCCAGGUGCUGAGCCCUUCUACAUUCGAGCCAACCUCACCCUGCCUGAGCGGGCCGACCCCCACGCCCUGUGUGUGAAGGCCCAAGAGAUCCUGCGGCUGGUGGACCCUGCGUACAAGCGGCGGCAGGAGUGGUUCUGCACACGGGUUGACCCCCUCACGCUGCGGGACCUGGACCGAGGCACUGUGCCCAAUUAUCAGAGAGCCCAGCAGCUCCUAGAAGUUCAGGAGAAAUGCCUGCCCUCCAGCCGACACCGGGGGCCCCGCAGUAAUCUGAAGAAGCGAGCCUUGGACCAGCUGCGGCUGGUGAAGCCCAAGCACGUGGGGAGUCCUGCUGGGGACUCCCCGGAGCAGCUGCUGCUGGAGCCCUGCUCAGAGCCCGAGCAGAGCCUCAAACCCUACAGCCUGGUGCGGCCCCUGCUGGUGUCUGCCUUGCGGCCCGUGGUGCUUCUGCCUGAGUGCCUGGCGCCCCGGCUCAUCCGCAACCUCCUAGACCUGCCCAGCUCCCGUCUGGACUUCCAAGUGUGCCCAGCGGAAAGCCUCUCUGGGGAGGAGCAGUGCACAUCCUCAGCGCCUGGAGCCCCCAAAGCCUGGCCUGCCCCUCCGGGGCUGGGCAGCAGGAUCCGUGCCAUCCAGGAGUCUGUCGGGAAGAAGAAGCACUGCUUGUUGGAGCUGGGUGCGCGGGGUGUGCGGGAGCUGGUCCAGAACGAGAUCUACCCCAUCAUCAUCCACGUGGAGGUGACUGAGAAGAAUGUCCGGGAGGUCAGGGGUCUGCUGGGCCGGCCGGGCUGGCGGGACUCCGAGCUGCUGCGGCAGUGCCGAGGCUCGGAGCAGGUGCUCUGGGGGCUACCCUGCUCGUGGGUGCAGGUGCUGGCCCACGAGUGGGGCCACUCAGAGGAGCUGGCCAAGGUGGUGCGUGGCCGCAUCCUGCAGGAGCAGGCCCGCCUCGUGUGGGUGGAGCGCGGCAGCGCCAGAGGCUGCAGCAGCAGCAGCAGCGAGGCCUGAGGGGCCCCUUCUGAUGCCUGUGCCUUCCUCACGCACUUCAGAAGCCACCAGCAGGGACCCUGGUGUCUGCGGUGGAGCCGGGUCCUCCCCAUCCUGAGCCUUCCCAGAUCCUGGGAUUUUUGCUUCUGGGCUCUGGGCUCUCUCACCCGCAGGAGCCCCUGGGGCAGAGCUUCCGCCCACCCCUCUACUUGCUGCUCUGGGCCUUCCCGUGGCCUCGUGUCUCCAUGGACCCGUUCUCGUGGGUCUCACGCACACCUGUGUCCUCUCCCUCGUUGCUCACCUCAGAGCAUCUGCGUUCUCACUCCUGUGCACUGGUUUGCACACCUGGGUUCUUUUGGGGCAGCUCGUGUCUGUCCCUCCCUCCGGCACGAGGUCUCCCGGCUUCGGGGCCUCUUCUGCUCACAGGGGCCCCGAGCCCAUCUCUCGUGACCCGCCCGUCCAGCUCACAUUUCCUGUGUGUACCUCCACAGGGGCGUUGUGGCUUCCCCCGGUCCACUGUCACCUGUAACCCUCGUGUCUUACAGUCACGUGUAUCUGUGGUUCUCCCCUGUGUAAAUGUCAUGCCCCCACUCCCAUGACACUUGGCACUAACACAUGUGUGUUCCUGGUGAGCACACCCAGGACCAUGUUCUCAUGGCGCCCCUGCCCUGCCCUGCCUCUCGGAGGGUUGGGUGGGGAGGGGCCAGCCGCUCAGUUACCAGAAUGUACAGCUCGUGAAAUUAUAACGGGCCUUUUUUUCACUCAGAAGCCGCACAUUAUGGAACAUUAAAUAGUUUGUCAUAGAAGCUGGUGGCCUUUUGCUUGCUUGCAUCCCUGGCCUGGGGUCCCCCCUUUCCAUUCACCCACUUGUCGCCACCCGCAGCUGAGGUUGAUACCACCUUUCAGGUCUCUGCUUGCCCGAGGGGAGGGUCAGAUUUCACCCCUGACUCAUCCCAGAGCUGCCUGCCAUCUGUGCUGGCAUCACCUUACCUGCCCCUAAAUGACCGGAGUGGGGCCCCACAGAUGGGCCACCCCUGUGCUCAGCCCUGCCUAUGUCUGAGCAUCAGAGGAGUGCCCCUGGAGUGGAGAUGCUGGGCCGGCAGGGUGUGGUCUUAGGCUUAAGGGGCCCUGCUGCUGAAUCCAGGAGACUAAGAGCAAACCCUCAGUAUACUGUCAGGGCCCUGAGACUGCUCCACCAGAGAGGAUGGUCACUACCAAUGAAAGAAAUCCAGGUGGGCUUACUGGAGGAGGUGCCGCAUGAACUUGAGGUGUUGGAUUCCUUUCUUCAAGAAGCGCUUAUUGGACUUACAUGCCUAUAUAUUGUUCUUGGUCUUCCUACAACUGUCCUCAGUCACAAUGAUGAACUCGGGCAGGCCUCUGGGAGGUUUUUGGGGGAGUGGGUUUACUAAGUGGAGGGAACCUCAAGAACAAAGUCUCAGAGGCAGAAAAUGGGUUGAGUUUGGCUGCCUGGGGACUGUAGGAAAUAAGGCUGGGAAGGCCAAGUCCAGGGGUGGAGGCUGCCUAAAUCUCAGUGUCCUUUGAAGUCUGGGUCAGGCACCAUUUCCACGAAGCCUGCCUGAGUCUCCCAGUCCUUAGGAAUUCUGGGCCAUGCCAUACUCUGCUUUGUGGCAGCAUUAUGGGUCUCUGUGGGCUUCCUGGGUGUGGAGACUCGGUCAUGCUCAUUUCAGUAAAUGAACCUCCCCUAUUGCUUGCUGUGUGUCUGGCCCAGUGCUCUGUCUAUGGACAUAGGAGUCUAGGGGAAGAUGCAGGAGCCCAGUGUCUCAGCUGUGAUUGCCUGGUCCCUUGUUAGAUGUCCUUUCCAUGGGGUGGAGAAGCCCACCAAUCCUUUCAUCUUCACCAAGUCUUCUUUUUGUCCCUAUUUUACAAAUGAAAGUAAAGUUCAGAGAUGUGAAGUAACUUGCCCCGAGUCACACAGCUUUUGAGUGGCCAAAUCAGGAUCUGACCCCUGGUCUGUGUGACACAAAGCCUGAGAUCAUCCCUUGAUGAUGCUGUUCUGAGAAGAUGGGCAGUGAAGAGGCCUGGCACGGGGCUGGCUCAUAGGAGAGUGAGUCCAGAGGAUUGAUUUUCCUUUGCUCUCCCUCUACAGUGCUAAUGCAGGGUUGGGCCACAGCAGGCCCAGUUCAAUUCACCAGCCAUCUGGUACUUUUUUCUGUUUAAUUAACAAAUCU